AUGGAACCAAUCAGCGCACCUUCCAGCUCGCCCCGCAAGGGCAUUUCCAAAUGGUGGUGCAUCGGGUUCUUUAUUGCUGCUGUUAUCUUUUUCAUCAUCGGUGCUGCCCUUGUCAGCGCUUACCUUUCUGCAGGGUACAAGACCUGCACCUCUGCGCUAUCCUAUGGAGAUUAUACCUACGACUACUCCUGCUUCACGGGCAAUAUAGGCGAGUAUAACGGCGGCAUCGCCAUGCUUGUCCUCGGUGGUCUCUCCAAGUUUAUUGCCUGGGUCCUCCUGAUUGUCUAUUGCGUGCAGCGCCGCCGCUAA